AUGGCAACUACUACUCCCCCAAAAGUUGUUACUCUCAAACUUCUGAUAGAUUCAAAGGAGAAAAGGGUUCUCUUUGCCGAAGCAGGAAAGGACUUCACAGAUUUCCUCUUCUCACUUCUAUCAAUACCAGUUGGGACUGUUAUAAGGCUUCUCUCUACCAAAGGCAUGGUUGGUACAUUAGGUAACCUUUAUCAAAGCUUACAAAAUCUUGGUGAUACUUACAUCCAAACUAAUGUGGAUAAAAAUAUCCUUCUUAAGCCAAAGUGUUCUACCCUUGGAGGCUCUUCAACACUUUUCUCUUUGACUAAUGAUGAUACCACCUCCAAACAAACCCUAUACUUAUGUAACCGCUGUUAUAAUUAUGGGAGUGAUGUUUCAAAUGCUACUUGCCCUAGUUGCGGUCUUACUAUUGAGAGUGUUGUAAAUUAUGUGCUACCUAAGGCUACCCAAGUUGGAGGAUCUUCAUCUUCUGAGGCUGAGGUGGAAGGUGGGUUUGUGAAAGGAGUGGUUACUUAUAUGAUUAUGGACGAUCUUCAAGUGAAGCCCAUGUCUACUAUCUCAAGCAUUGCUAUGCUCAACACUUUCAAUGUUAAGGAGGUUGGUGCUCUUCAGGAAAAGACUGUUACUGUUGGUAUUAAUGAGGGAUUGAAUAUUUUGAAGGCAUCUCUACAGACCAGAACAGUUCUUACUCGUGUCUUCUUGGGGAAUAAUAAAUAG